AUGCAGCGCCGUACAAGUCGGGCUCACGAGUCUGGACAUGGCCUUGACACAAUUGACCCGGGUAACCCCAAAAUAGAACAGGCGACCCGGCGAGAUAACGAAAAGAGACUCGCCUCCGAUACCAACCAGGUGUUUGUACCAGCUCAAAGUGACUUGACAGAAGAUAACAAUGGGGUCAAAUAUCUCAAAGGUUGGAGAUUCUACUGUCUGACAGCAGCAUUAUGGUUGAGUCUCUUCCUUUCCACACUUGAAACAACAAUCGUUAGCACGUCGUUAGUCUCCAUUACAGACGCUCUGAAUGGCUUCAUACUGAGAGAUUGGAUCGUCACUUCUUAUCUCUUGACGUACACAGGUUUCCUAACCAUCUAUGCCAAGUUGAGCGAUGUAUUUGGAAAAAAAACCAUGCUUUUACUCGCUAUUCUGAUAUUUACGGUAUUCUCUGGUCUUUGCGGUGCCACUAGUAACGUCGUCGACCUCAUAAUACUCCGGGCAUUCCAAGGAAUAGGUGCAUCUGGUAUCUACUCCAUGAUUCUGGCAAUCGCUCCCGUUCUAGUACCCAUUGAAAAAUACGCAAAGUACAUGGGUAUUGUGUCGACUGUCUUUGUCACAGCAAGUGUUUUGGGUCCCAUCCUUGGUGGUGUCAUCAGUCAACACUCUACCUGGCGUUGGGUAUUCCUCCUCAAUGUUCCAGGGGGUGUACUGGCUUUCAUUCUUGUAGCCAUUUUCUUGCCGGCAUCAGAACAGUCAUCCGGAUCGACACUGAUUCAAGUUAUUCGUUUCAAGCUAAAGCGAUCGAAUUGGGCGCGUAUUGACUACCUUGGUAUAUUCCUAUUACUUUCAGCAUCGGUACUGCUUGUAUUCUCCCUAGAAGAAGGAGGUACUCGAUAUCCGUGGGACAGUGCUGUCGUGAUAUCUACACUUGUCAUCGCAGUCGUGUUAUUUGUUGGAUUCGGCUUUUGGGAAGUGCAUGUCGAGAACUCACCGAGUAAACAAGAACCUGUAUUCCCCCCAAGUAUCUGCAACGACAGGAUAUGCAGCGCCAUGCUACUAACAACAUGCUUUGUCGGAUUUCCCUUCGUAUCAAUGGUGGUCAACAUCCCCCAAAGAGCUCAAGCAGUAUAUGGGAUGUCCCCUUCACAGGCUGGCAUCAGUUUACUUCCAAUGAUGCUCUCGUCGCCUGCAGCAACUGUUCUUUCCGGAUACCUCACUGGCAAUGCGAAGAUCCCACCAGUUUACCCCAUCAUUGUUGCUGCGGCACUGCAAGUACUAGGCGUCGGCUUGAUGUGCUCGUUGCCGACAGCCUCAAACAAGAUGCCAAACGCACAGUACGGCUACGAGGUACUAAUGGGUAUCGGGUUUGGGCUGGGUCUGACUACAGUGUUGACUUUUGCCCGAAUUGUAGUUUCUGAAACCAAUCUAUCCGUAAUGAUGGGCGCCUUGACACAGAUCAGAGUUCUGGGUGGUACAGUGUCACUAGCUAUAUGCGCCACCAUUCUUAAUAACCAUCUGAAGCCGAGCUUGUCGGAUAUUGUGUCCACGCACCAGGCGGCAGCGAUCUUUGACUCGGUAUCUGCCAUCAAUGAUCUGGACCCUGUUCAACAAAUGGCCGUCAGAAAAGCGUUUGCUGAAGGUUAUAACUUGCAAAAUAUAUUUAUGACAGCUAUGGCUGCUGCAGGGUUGAUUGCGUCCUUGUUUUUGUGGGAGAAAAGUCCACGAAAAGCGCAAUAA